AUGGACGUGCCUGACGACUAUGGAUGGGUGAUUUUUAUAGAGAUUCUAAUUGCCUUUCAACUUACGCUUUUUACGUAUGUUUUUGUUUCUCCAAGUAGACUUAAAACUUUUACACCAAGAUUCAUGAAAGAAAAUUUCACUGAAGAAUUUAUUGAAGCGUUUCAUAGAGAACCAGAUUUCCAAGGGUAUCCUGACACUGGGAGUGGAAGAUUCUCAAAGAAAUUGCCCUUAAAGGAUUGGUACGAUUUCAAUAAUGCGCAAAGAAUUCAAUGAAAUUAUUUGGAAGGUGCUCAUGCUCCUUUAGUUUGUAUUCCAAUUGCAGGUUUAGAAUUUCCAUAUUGGACUAUUGGGCUAGGAGCUGCUUACAUUAUUGGUAGAACUGUAUAUUCUAUCGGGUAUAAGAUGAGCGGGUCAAGAGGGAGAGGAAUUGGUGCAGCGAUUUUAGAUAUUUCCUUGCUUGGGCUUUUAAUUGUUGCUUUUGUCUCAUGCUUUUAUAUGGUCUACGAUUAA